AUGUUAUUCGGACAAGAUCGCAUGGAUCUUAUAGCACCCACACCUCUUUAUCCAUUAACGCAAUUAUGGCAAGAGAUUAAUAAUACGAUUCAAACAAGUAUUGAGCAGCAUUUGAUACUGCCUAGUCCACCGGCUGUUCGACAUUUCAACUUAAGACCCAUCUCGGAUAAUCUCAAUGCGUCUCAUCAAGUAAGUCCACGAUAUCUUCUUGAGCAUCAUAACUGA